ACCUCUUCUGUGCUGUCAAAGUAGACAGUCUGUACCUGGAUACAUCACUCUUAGGUCAAGUGUCCCACUAGGAGCAAGACCCAGUUGACGAAAAGUGGACUGUCACCAAGACCUGCAAAGAGCUACUAAAGAUAAGGAAGGGUACCAUGGGUCUUAACCUAAUGAUGUUGUUUUAUCUGGCUAUAUUUCCUUCUGUUCUUUCCUGGAAUCUAAAUUGGAAACCCCUGGGUCCCCAGGGUCCUAAACUGACCAAACCAGCCCUUAAGGCAUGGAAGUUCCAGGUAAUUGCCUUAGAAAAUCACAACAAGACCGUAGCCUAUACCUUCUGUCCGGUGACAGGAUGUGCUAGUACUAUAAGCCUCACCUUUGAUAUAAGAGACACCUGCCCAGGGAAAUGUUUACAGGAGCGCUACAAUGCUAUGAUGUCUCCUAUAUAUGUUUGUUUCAUGUAUGAGCAAACACGCUCAGACUGUAAGGACCCAAAUUAUGGAGGAUGUCCACACUGGGGCUGCAAAUAUCAUAGUACUUGGCCCAGAUGGGGAGGAGAAAAUCCAUCUAGACUCAACUCAGUUGAUUGGCAUACUAAAGUCACCUACUCAAUCCCUGACCCCUGGAAUGACAGAUGGAGAACAGGGGUAGAGGGUCAUAUCUACAGACAUAAUGAGAAGGAUACAGGCUACGACAGGAAGACUAAGAUACUCAUCUUUCGAAGUUUAGAGAUAUUUACACCUCCAAAAUCCUCUGUUUGAAUGCUAUAACCAAACCAGCCACUAUACCCGCUCCUGGCCCUUUGGUGAUGUCACGGGCUGACAUUACUUUGUAUUACCACCACCUUUCUCUCUCUCUCUUCCCACUAACCCUACUUCUCCGACCUCCUUUGAAUUCCUAAUAACAUGUUUAUAUCAGUAUACUUGCUCAUGAGUGUUACUAACCCAGAUGUUAUGCCUGACUGUUAGUCCUGAACCCUAUAAAACUCUCACACUAUGUAGGACUCACCGCAAGUCAGAAGCCCAUUGAGCCAUUCCCUUUGCCAAUUGUCUAUGGGUAUUUCUUUCCACUCAAGCAUCAAAUUUCUUCACGUAGGCCAAAUCCAAGGUGAGGGGACCCAUUUCUACUCAAAGAGAGAGCUAUGAUACAUCUAAAUCCCCCUUUAAGAAUAAAUGAAGGUUCUCCAUAAGUAUUUCUCAGUUCCUUGCAACACUUUGUCUUCCCCUCCUUCCCUCCUUUCUUCCUUUCUUCCCUUCCUCUUUCCUUUCUUCCCUCCUUCCUUCUUUCUUCCCUUCCUCCCUUCUUCCCU